AUGGCCGAAGUUUUGCCGGAGGAUGGUAUGUUUUCUUCUAAAUUUCAAAAUCAACACAAAAAUCAAUUACUUCGUCAGAAUUAAUGUCAACAUUUAAGGGUUUGAUGAUUUAUCGAACACGCUUGGAUUGAUUCCAUCGCAGAGCAACGGAGAGAAUUCGCAGUGGGCAAAUCUCAGUGAUCAAGAUGUUUUGAGGAUUUAUUUUCUUGUAUCAACGACACAAUCGAAAUCUGGUUCGUUCGAUUGAAAAAUCAAGAAUUUUUUAUUGCAAUGUAGAAUUCUUCCAGCCAUGGACAAAUAUUUUGAUCUCGAAACCAUCAAAAAUGAAGCAGAACUUCGCCGAAUAAUCUCCGACGGCCCAAAAUUGUUACAGAUCAAAGUGUGCAGUGCUUGCGCGGAAGAUGUUGACAAGUAAGACGAACGUGUUCAAUUCGAAAUUUACAUAAUAAAUAUUUAGGUGUUCAUGCUCAAAUUCCGCCCCAUCCGCAGAACUGGUUUUCGCCGAUUUGGAGCAAAGAAUGACAACUAUGAUCAAGACGUAUGGAGAUGAAAUUCGUUAUGCUCACGAACAAAUUCGAAACGGAAGUGUUUCAUCGUCACCAAUGUCAUGUUUGCGGCUCCGCCAAAUUCUUCUCUCCGAGGAUCAAUCAUCGACGCGAAUUCAUCUCAUCACUGGUUUUGAUGGGAUAUCUAUUAAAAACACUAAGUAAGCUUGCCAAUGCUUCUUUUCUUUAAAUAUUAAUGUUUCAGGAGGAAGGUGUGGCCACUAACACUGCUCCCGUUGGAUCUUCCAGACAAAUCAAGAUCAUCUAUUCGAGCUGUGACAGUCGCAGCAAUCUACAUUUCUCCAGUCGAUCCGAAUUGGAAAAUUCACGACCGAUUCAUGAAAUGGGCACAAAAUGAAUUGCAACAGAGCAUAUUUUGGAAAAACUGGACGUACAGCGCCACUAUCAUAACUGGCAUUCAUGACGACCCCGUAAGAAGCUCUCUGGUCAGAUCAUAUUGUUUCACACUUCGUUUCAGGCACGCCGAAAAGUAUAUGCGAUGAAGGGCCAUUCGUCAAAGGCGGCAUGUCCGUAUUGUGUCUCUCAAGGCACUCAGCAGAAACAGUUUAAUGAAACUACUGAACGUGAGACUCGUACAUUGAUAUUGUCAAAAAAUUGAAUCACCGGGAGCACCCCAUGAUGGAAGUGCCCGGAAUGGAACUGACCCAGAAUAGAACUGUGCGUGGAGUUUAUGGUGAGAACAUUAUCAAUUUCCUACUUUUAAAUCGAAAAUCUCUCUUACAGCGACCAAGCACGUGCCGACAUGA